UAGCUCAGUGAUGCUAAAGUUAGCUUAGCUCGCUAGCUGCUAACAGACCUGUCAGUGUGUGAUGGAGACGAACUGUGUUUCUGACGGAGUUUGUGUGAAGAAAAAGUGGGAAAUGUCCCAAAAAGUCCAGAUUCUGAGGUCGUUGGUGGAGCAGAGACUAACUGCAGCUGCUGAAGAGAUAUUUGGGCUGUUUGAAAGAACCAUAGCAGAGUACGAGGUGGAACUUUGUCGAACUAAAGAAGAAAACCAGAGACAAAGACAAAUACUGGACUGUGUUUGGAAUCCGACAGUCCAGAUGCACAAAACAGAAUGUCCUGCCAAUGUCCAUCAGCUGUCUGUGGUUAAAAAAGAGGUUCCCCCUGAGCAGCAGGAAUGGAGCCCCAGUCUGGACCAGGACCAGGACCAGGACCAGGACCAGGACCAGGAGGACCCAGAAUAUCACCACAUUGAAGAGGAACAAGAGGAACCGUGGAUCCGUCAGGAUGGGGAGCAGCUUGGAAUCCAGAGGCUUAGAGCGUCAGUUAAACAGCCAUUGGAUUCUGAUGUGCUGUUUAAAGGAACAGUAGCAGAGUACGAAGAGGAAAUUUGUCAUUCAAAAAAGGAAACUGCAACGCAACAACAACUAUUGGUUUUUAAACCCAAAGUCCAGUUUCACACUACAGGGCAUCCUGCAGACGUCCAUCAUCAGUCAGUGGUUAAGGAGGAGGUUUCCCCUGAACAGCAGGACUGGAACCCCAGUCUGGACCUGGACCUGGACCUGGACCAGGACCUGGAGGACCCAGAAUACCCCCACAUUAAAGAGGAACAAGAGGAUCUGUGGAGAGGUCAGGAGGCUGAUCGCACCAAGUUCCAAUCCACUCCUGUCUCUGUGAAGAAUGAAGAUGACGAAGAGAAGGUUUAUUCCUCACAACUUCAUCAAAGACAAAGUAAGAACAGACAGGAACCAGUUCAGGAGAACUGUGAAUCAGAACCAGCUAGUAGCUUCCAUCCACAUAGACAUUUACAAGCACAUAGUGAUGAGCAGACUGAAGACUCCUCUGAACAUGACAGCGUUGACAGUGACUUUUGGAAAGAAGUCUGUGAACGUCGGACAGUGACAAAAUCUUGUGAGAAGGGAAAUGAUGUAGGACGUAAAAAGAAACUUUGUUGUCCUGAGUGUGGUAAAAUAUUUUUCUUCAAGUCAGUUUUGGUGACGCACAUGAGGGUUCACACUGGAGAGAAACCAUUUAGUUGCUCAAUAUGUGGGAAAAAAUUUUCAAGAAAGGAAGCCUUAGUCCCACACAUGAAAGUCCACACAGGAGAGAAACCAUUUAGUUGUGCAGAAUGUGGUAAAAGGUUCACUCAGAAGGGAACCUUAAGUGUUCAUAUGAAACUUCACACAGGAGAGAAACCGUUCAGCUGUUCAGUUUGUCAGAAACAGUUUUAUCGUAAACAUCAUGUUCAGGCACAUAUGAAGAUCCAUACAAGAGAAUAAAUGCACAAAUAAACACAAGAAUUCAGAUUUAAAGACGAAAAAACAAAUACUGACAAGCAGACUGAAUGUAAUGCAAGACUAUCAGAAAAUAAACAGUUCAAAGUUUAACCCCCCCACCCCACCCCACCCACCACACACACACACACACACACACACACACACACACACACAGAAUUAAGGGAGGAUAAUGAUUUUCACUGGAAAUGAUGUGGGAGCUAAAAUACACCAUUGUGCAGUAAAAUAUUUAAAGGCGGGGGAUCACAUUGGAUAAUACUCAAGAGAAUUCAUACAGAAGAGAAACCAUUUGAUUGUUCUGAAUGCAGUAAAACAUUUCAGCCAUUGAUGUCAGAAAGGUAUUAGUUAGUCAUAUUGUUUUACAGAUGCAUAUUAAACAGGACAGAAACUGUGUUCUUCAUGUGGUAGAAAAAAGCUGGUCUCACUUUUUUGGCUUGUGAACUUUUUU